CUUACGUUUGUAGGUUAAAUUACUUAUGGAUAAUAUGAUAAUAGAUUGGAAUAUGUGGAAGUCCAAGGAAGAGAUUGAGAUUAUGAAGAAGUUUGCUCGUUCAGGAAGAAUAUUUACUUUAGUAUAUACAAUAUAUAUAUACGUUUUCGUAAUAUUACUUCUAUUGGUGACAUUUAUACCACCCUUAAUGGAUGUAAUUAUACCUUUAAACGAGAGUCGCCAUAUGGAAUUACCUACCCACGGGGAAUACUUCGUUGACGAAGAGAAACAUUUCUAUUUGAUUUAUUGUUACAUGGCUGUUACAAUAAUGAUUAGUAUAACAGUCUUAAUUGCAACUGAUACUCAACUUAUGGUCUUUUGUUGUCACGUUAGUGGUACAUUCGCAGUCAUAGGAUUUCGUUUGGAACAUUUCUUGAAAGAGCAUGCGACUUUGGAUGGAUUAUCUGAUCUACAAAGGAAAGAAUGUUACAAACAUGUUUCGUUAUCUAUCAAAGGACACAAAAGAGCUUUAGAGUUAGUAUUACGAAAGAAAGAAAUUGUAUAA